AUGGAAUUGCUUGCAAAAUAUGGAAACGAAGAACAGAAAAAACAAUGGUUGCAGCCUCUGAUGGCUGGAAAAAUCAGGUCUGCAUAUGUGAUGACAGAAAUCGAUGUCGCUGCAUCGGACGCAAAGAACCUCUCUUUGGAUAUGCGCCGAGAAGGCGAUAGUUAUAUUCUCAACGGGGUGAACGUUCGCGUACCAGCAUCAAACAUUAUCCUGGGUGAAAGCCGCGGCUUUGAGAUCAUGCAGGGACGUAUGGGCCCGGGCCGUAUUCAUCACUGCAUGCGGGCUAUCGGAUGUGCCGAACGAGGCUUAGACUACAUGAUCGCUCGAGCACAUAAGCGCAUGAUUCAUGGUGCGCCUUUAGCUGACAAGGGAGUUGUCGCUUCGUGGAUCGCUCAGUCACGCAUCGACAUUGAGUCAGCUCGACUGCUGACGUUGAACGCAGCGGAUAAGAUCGACCGCACCAGCGCAAAGGACGCCAAAACAGAGAUCGCCGUUGCUAAAAUUGCCGUCCCAAAUUUGGCUUUGGCAGUCUUAGACAGGGCCAUUCAAGCGCACGGGGCAGCUGGCAUCUCUCAAGAUUUCCCUCUUGCAAGGAUAUGGGCAUAUCUCAGGACAGUUCGAUUUGCAGACGGCCCCGAUGAGGCACACGCCGCUCAGCUUGCCAGGACUGAGAGUAAGCGCCACAAGAACAUAAUUGACCUUAUUGCGGCACAAGAGACUGCACGGCGAUCAUUGAUGAACAAGUAUAAAUGUACUCCUCGUUCUCAUUUGUAG